UAAAGUAGGCCAACCUUGGGAAUUUUAAAAAAAUCUUGUACAGUAAAACGAAGAAGUCUUUAAAUUCUCUGCUGAUUCCACCACUUCCGUUCACAUGACAAUCCGUAAUGUUUUUUAAACGAGCUUUUAAGAAGGAUAAUCUACUGGCACCAAAUUAUGAUUCAGAAAUGUAUGAGGAACAUAAUUGAUUCGAGGCAUGAUAUUAGUUCACCUACUUGUGAUACCAUAAGAGAUAAAGAAACCAAGAGAUAAAAGAUAAAAAAUGGCGGGUAUUGUUAUGGACACAAAGAUACACCCCUCAGAGAAAUAUGACAGGGUUAAAUUUCGUUCAGACCAAGGGGGAGCAGGACCGUCGACCUUGACCGAGAGAAAAUACCAACAGGACCGAUACUACGAGAUACAGACAGAUUUGACGUUAGAAGAGGCUCGAUACUCAGAAAUGCGCAAAAAGAUUCCAGGACUUGGUCGCAUUCCUAAAGAUCGCAUAGAUAGACAGAGCAAAGAAUCUGACUUCCAUAAAAGAAAUCAAGCACAUCUAUGUUUUGUGAAACAAAAUUUUCACGAAAUUGAGUGUAGCAAAUUUGUACCAGAUCCUGAAAAGAUUGGGGUAAAAAAGAUCAGGGAUUUAAAGUGUCAUUGUGGAGAAAUUUUUACAGAGCAUGUUGGGAUUUCUAACGCCCGAAACUUUGCUGAAAGGGAACUUGUGGAAACAUUUCUUGUUCCUGAAGAGUUGCGAAGCCACAUAAAUUAUGGAAACCUCUUUAAUGCUCCUCCAGAAAAUUUAGCAUCAAUUCUAUCCCAAGUUACAUGGACUAAAGAGGAUGCUUUCAGAAAAACGUCUUGUUCGACGUUUGGCAAAAUCUGUUUCGUAAACUAUGAAAACUCCAAACCUGCCAAGAUUAUGCCCCUUGGAGAUACCCUGACAUUUUAG